AUGAAAACUCCCUCAGCUAUUUAUUCUCCUCAUCCCCCAAUUAAUUUAAAAAAUAAAUUGGCAAAUAAUCAAACAAAAUUAUUAAAUAAUAAAUUGGCAUUUAAUAAUUUGCCAAAAAAUAAAAUAAAAUGUGAACAUUGCAGAAACAAUAAAAUUUUCUGUGCCAAAAAAUCUGAUGAAGAAUACAAAAAAUGUGAAGGAUUGGUAGAAGAAAAACAAGAUUUUGUAUCGAAAAAAGAAUUAAUUAAAAAUCGAAAUAAUUUAGAAAAUAAAAUAAAUUUUUUGGUUGAAAGACAGUUAAAGUGGAAAACUAAACGUAGACGUGUUCAAAAAAUGCUAAUUUUGCCUUUUGAUGAAUUGAAGAAAAAUAAAGAAAUUUUUGAAAAUAGAGAGAUGGGGGAAAUGAUUAAAAGAGAAAAUAAUUUGAAAAUGGUGGCAAAUAUGAUUAAAAAUGGAAAUUUAAAUAUUGAUGAAAAACUCGAAGAUAAAGAGGUUUGUGAUAGAAAUUUUCAGGUUUUAGAGGUUAUUGUGGAAACAAAUGUUUCUGUAGUCCAUGGAAUGGAAAAAAUGAAUCAAUUGUGUUCUAAUUGUAGAAGGUUCUAUGUAUGA